AUGAUCAUCGGAGGAGGCGACGACGCAUUUGUCAACAGCUUGAAGUUCACCACCACCCACAAACUCAAGCGGUCAAUCACCCGCGAAUGGUAUGACGAACUCGAAGAAAGUAUCAUCUUCGAUAAGUCAGAUACCCCCAGUUUGGUCUUUCCUCACUAUGACGCCCUUGUCAUUACUUUACGUGUUUUUGAUACUGAUGUAAGACGUAUCAUGGUCGAUGAUAGAAGUGGCGCGUGCAUCAUCCAUCCUCGAGUUCUCACCCAAAUGAAGCUCGAGGACAGGAUAGUGCCAUGCUGCAUCACGCUAACAGGUUUUAACAAUGCAGUUGAGCGGACGUCUGGAGAUAUCACGCUGCCCGUCUUGGCCGGUGGCGUCAUCUUGGAGACCAUGUUCCACAUUAUGGACCAGGAUACAGCGUACAACGCCAUCAUAGGCCGACCAUGGAUACACACCAUGAAAGCCGUCCCCUCCAGUUUGGACCAAGUCAUUAAAUUUCCCACCCCCUGGGGAGUAUUCUGCAUCCGAGGAGAGCAACGUACAGCCCAAGAAUGCUACCGCAUCGCCCAAGACUGCACAUACACCCAACAGUUGAAAGGAAAUGCCGAGGAAUCAUAG